AAAAUAAAUAGUUGAACUUACUUCCGGUGUCAUUAAAUGAAAGGCAAAUAGAUCUAAAUCUAGGGGACUCUAUAUAAAAAGUUCAAAGUGCUGUAAACUCCUUAAACUCCUUUCUAUCUUUUCAUAAAAAAGAAAUAAAUGGGUGGUAGUGGAAGCACCAGACGAGUUGUUGUUGAGGAUGCAAGAGGCGAAGAUGUAGUAACUAUUUCUGAGGCUGUUGUUCGGAGGCUUCAAGGACAGCCUGAGGCUUAUGAAGCAAUUCCAGAAACUAAACCUACAGCACCUCCCCAGUUUUUUAAGCCAGAAACUUUCGAGAGUAAAUCAUCGUCUCUGUUGACCAAAGAUGAAGAAGAUUUUUUUACACAGAAAUUACAAGAACUUCAACAGAGGAACGCUGCUUUGCAGAAAUUAACUAACGAAGAGUUUGCUAAGGCAGUGCAAGAAGUAGAAGAGAAAUUUGUGAAGACAACAGGUAGCCCUAUCUGCCAAGACCUGCAGUUGAAAGUCUUAGAAUGUUACCAGGCCAAUCCUACAGAAGUUCUCAAUUGUGCUUCUGUCGUGGAUGCCUUCACAACAUGCGUGGAGAGAGCCAGAACUAGCGCUUGGAUUAAGCCAGCUAGAGACCUAGACUCAUUAUUAUAAUCUGAGUGCUCUGUCCAUCAGGUAGUGAGCAUUUCCUAAUCAGGUUACUUCGUUUAACAGAACCAAAAAUGUAACCAGUGGAUGAUCUCCAUUUAGUUGUGUCCAUGCACCUCACGGAAUGAUCUAUUUAUUGCUUGACUUUGAGGACAAACUACAGUGUUAUUUGUGUGUUAGAACCACAGCUAACAGUCCAUAGAUUGAAUUCUACACUUGUGUGUUAAUGUGCUGUUCUUCAUAUGAUGUGUGAAAGUUUGAAUGACUUGCUGCUGAUAGAAUGUACUCCCUAGGAUCAUGUGAUAAUCUUAACACUGUGAGUUAGUGAUUUCGCUGGAUGCCUUCAUUUGAAAAGUGCCAUCCUUGUUAUAUAUAUAAAUAAAACAUAAUAAAACUA